AUGCCGCCGGAGCCAUUGCCUUGGGAUCGGAAGGAUUUCUUCAAGGAGAGGAAGCACGACAGGUCGUCGGAUUCUAUAGGGACCGUUUCAAGAUGGAGAGAGGCUUCGCACCACGGUCCGUCUCGAUGGGGGUCCAACGAGUUCCGCCGACCUUCCGGUCAGGGUAAGCAGGGUGGAUGGCACCUGCAUUCUGAAGAAUCUGGGCAUGGGCUUAUGUCGUCUGGGUCCAAUGAGAAGAGUUUUGAUGAUGACCGGGUUUGUGGGUUUCGUGGGAUUGGAAAAUAUGGCAGAAAUGGGAGGGACAGCCGGGGGUCCUGUAGCCAGAAGGAUUGGAAAGAUCAAUCUUGGGAAAGCACUGCCUCACCAAGUGGUUUCGGUGGACCCUCUGAUGUGAAUGAGCAGAGGUUAGUUGAUGAUAUACUAACACCCACCUCUCAUCCUCCUCAUUCUGAUUGUCUGCACUCAUGGGAUCAACACUAUUUUAAAGAACAGCAAGAUAAGAGUGGUGGGGUCAGUGGCUUGGGCACAGGCCAGAGAUUUGAUAGAGAGAAUUCACUGGGAUCCAUUGAUUGGAAGCCUAUGAAAUGGAACCGUUCUGGAAGCUUGUCCUCACGAGGUUCUGGUUUCAGCCAUUCAAGUAGUUCCAAGAGCAUGGGAGUGGAUUCCAUUGAAACAAAGGCUGAGGCACAGCCCAGGACUGUGACACCAGUACAGUCUCCUUCAGGUGAUACUGCUGCCUGCUUUACAUCUGUUGCUCUUACUGAAGAAACAAUUUCUCGGAAGAAGCCACGUCUCGGAUGGGGUGAGGGGUUGGCCAAGUAUGAGAAGAAGAAAGUUGAAGGACCUGAUGAUAAUGCAGCUAAAGAUAGAAUGUCCAUUGCUGGCAAUAACACAGAGCCUAUGCCUUCUCUUGUCUCAACUCUGGCUGAUAAAAGUCCUAGAGUCACAGGUUUUUCAGAAUGUGCAUCUCCUGCUACUCCUUCUUCGGUCGCUUGCAGUUCCUCGCCAGGUAUGGAGGAUAACAAAUUUGUCAAGGGAGCAAAUAUUUAUAAUGAUUCUAGUGUUUUAAGUGGAUCACCUGGCCUUUUGUCUCAGGAUCACACUGAGGGAUUAACUUUUAACCUAGAGAAGUUGGAACUUACCUCAAUUGCAAAUUUGAACUCGAAUUUGAGCUCUUCAAUUAGUGAAUUGCUGCAAUCUGAUGAUCCAAGCUUGGUGGGUUCUGGUUAUGUGAGAUCUACUGCUAGGAACAAGUUGUUGGUAUGGAAAGGUGACAUAUUAAAGGCACUAGAAAUGACUGAAUCUGAGAUUGAUUCGCUGGAGAACGAACUAAAGACAUUUGUUCCUGAACCUGGGAGUAGCUCUCGUUGUCCAUCUUCUUCUAGUUCUUUGCCAACGGAGUGCCAUGCAAAUCCUUGUGAAGAACUAGCUGAUGCUUCUAAUUUAAUGCUCAGACCGGCUUCAUUGCAAAUUGAUUCUGCUGUAGAUAUGAUUAUAGAGAGGCCACGUAAUGCCCAUGAAGAAGAAGAACAUGCUGGAGUCAAAGAUGAAGAUAGUGAUAGUCCAGGCACUGCGACCUCAAACUUUGUUGAACCACUGUCUUUGGGGAAGGCUGUCUCACAGUCUGAUAGAGUGAGAUGUAGUGAAUGUUCUGAGAAUUUGGAUAAGCAUAGAUCUAGACAGCAGGACGUGAUUUAUGGUGGGGAAGCUUGUCAGCUGAUAGUCAGCAAUAGGUGUGCCUCUCUUUCUACUGAUUCUGAUGGAGGGGAUAUUUUAUGUGAGUCAAUAUUUGCGUCCAACAAAGAGUUUGCGAAUAGAGCUUCAAAAGUAUUUAAUAUGUUAUUGCCAACCAACCAAUGCCAUACUGAUAUUUCUAGAGUUGCCAGUGUCUCUUGCCUACAAAAUGAUUUACUGAUAAAGGAAAAAUUUGCAAUACGAAAGCGAUUUGUAAGAUUUAAGGAGAGAGUUUUGACCCUCAAGUUUAGAGCAUUUCAACACCUCUGGAAAGAAGAUCUACGUCUGCUUUCUAUGAGGAAUCAUCGUGCUAAGUCCCAGAAAAAGUUUGAUCUGAGCUUGCGUCCUGGGCAUACAGGCUAUCCAAAGCAUCGCUCCUCGAUUCGGUCUCGAUUUUUAUCUGCUGCUGGGAAUUUGAGCCUGGUCCCCACCACAGAGAUAAUCAAUUUUACAAGCAAGUUGCUUUCAGAAUCGCAGGUCAAGCUCUACAGGAAUACGCUGAAGAUGCCGUCUCUAAUCUUGGACAAGAAGGAGAAGAUGAUGUCAAUGUUGAUUUCUAGUAAUGGCUUAGUGGAAGAUCCUUGUGGUGUUGAGAAGGAAAGGACUAUGAUCAACCCAUGGAUGCCAGAAGAGAAGGAAAAAUUCAUCGACAAGCUUGCUAUCUUUGGGAAAGACUUCAGAAAGAUUGCUUCUUUUCUUGAUCACAAAACAACUGCAGAUUGCAUUGAGUUCUACUACAAGAACCACAAGUCAGAUUGUUUUGAGAAGGCAAAGAAGAAGCCAGAGUUCGCAAAGCAAGGGAAGCCCUGUUCUACCAGUACCUACUUGGUUACAUCGGGGAAAAGAUGGAAUCGCGAGAUUAAUGCUGCUUCCCUUGAUAUGUUGGGUGCAGCUUCAGCAAUUGCAGCUAAUGUUGACGAUGGCUUGGAUUUUCAGCAUAAGUGUAAAUCUCGGUUCGUUUUGGGGGCAUCUAGUGAUUACAAGGUACCCAGAGGUGAGGUUGGCAUAUUGGAGAGGUCCAGUGGUGUUGAUAUUUUUGCUAACGAGGGAGAAACUGUGGCCGCUGAUGUGUUGGCGGGUAUCUGUGGUUCCCUUUCCUCAGAAGCUAUGAGUUCUUGCAUUACAAGUUCUGUUGAUCCUGGAGAGUGCUACCCGGAGUGGAAGUGCAAAAAAGUGGGUUCUUCAACGAGGUGGCCUCUGACACCUGAGGCUACCCAGAAAGUUGAUGAUGAGACUUGCUCGGACGAGAGUUGUGGAGAGAUGGAUUCUGCUGAUUGGACUGAUGGUGAGAAAUCAAUCUUUAUACAGGCUGUGGCGUCCUAUGGCAAAGAUUUCAACUUGAUCUCACGAUGUGUUCAAACAAGGUCUAGGGAUCAAUGCAAGGUAUUUUUUAGCAAGGCUCGGAAGUGCCUUGGACUGGACAGGAUUCAUCCUGGGCCUGGCAAUCAAGGAACACCAGUGAGUGACGAAGCUAAUGGAGGUGGAAGUGAUGCUGACGAUGCUUGCAUUGUGGAGACUGGCCCAGUUAUAUCCGGUGAUAAAUUGGGUUCUAAAAUGGAUGAGGAUCUGCCGUUCUCAGAGUUGAAGAUAAACCAUGGUGUAUCUGAUCCUGUGGGGACCAUUAAUGGUUUGCAGCCCAACCGAAAUCAAUCAGAGGAAAACAAUAGGCCCGGAAAAUUGGGCUGUAAGAGUAGCCAGCUUAGGUCAGAGAAUUUGGCUCCUGAUGACCUUCAGGUGGAGGCUAAGUCGGAGCUGGAUCUUGAUGGUGACAGUAAUGUCGACAUUGGGAUAAGUAGGGAGUUGGCUGCUGACCAGGAAAGUGCAGAUUUGCUCUCUAAACCAGGAACUGGACGAGAUGAAGCUAUUGGACCGGGGACUUUAGAGAAAACAAUAUCUGUUGGAGCACCGAAUGACGAUGGUCUGCUUACUAGUCCAGGUGCUGAUGAUGUGAGAGGUGAGGUUUCUGCUGCAGAACAAGAACUUAUGCUUCCUAAAGGUAGCUUGAGUGAAAAGCAAGUUGAACACAGUAGUGCCAAUAAAAGUGGUGUGACUGGCUCAAAUUGCUCCAUACGAAAUUCGAAUCCUGUGCCCCUGGGUGCUACAGAUGUUUCUGAUCUUGUUGAUGAUACACAUUCUUCCUCGGGAUUUGGUGUUAUAUCAGGAUACCAUCAUAAAGCCAACUUGGAGUUGGAUUCUGCACUAAAGCAUCGUGUCGUCUUGUUGAAGCAGGAGAAUUUUGUCACUAUGAAUCCUCGACCCCAUGGUUCUGCUGCAGUUCAAUAUGAGAAUACCCUUAAUAAUGACACGCCAUCAACACUUGAUUUGAAAAAGAUCAGUGAUCAGCAGUGUCAGAAAUCUGUCAGUAUGGAUUAUUAUCACCAACAUUUAUCUGGGCAUUCGUUGUUGGACCCUGUUGAAUCCUCCCAUAUUCUCAGGGGUUAUCCAUUAUCCAUGACAACUAAGAAGGAAAGAGAUGGGGAUAUCAGUUGCAAGCAACCAGCUUCAAUUCAAACCAUCUCUAAGUCAGAUAGAAAUCUGCACUCCUAUCGGUGUCUGGAACAGGAUCGCUAUCUGCAGAAGUGUAACAGUUCAAAGCAUCACGGUUCUAUGGUUGAACUUCCAUUCCUGGCCCAAGAACAGACAAGGGAUCUUCCUAGACCCCCAUACCGGAGAUCAUCAGAUGUGGAGAGACCGUGCAAGAACGGUGAUGUGAAACUAUUUGGUCAGAUUCUCACCCACCCCUCAUUUCAGCAGAAACCAAAUUCCAGUACACAUGAUAAUGAAGACAAGAGUGCUCAACCUCCUAUUAAAUCAAGUGGCAAGUUCUUUAACCUGAAAUUCUCUGGCAAUCAGUGUGCCGAUGGAAAUGCAGCUCUGGCCAAGUUUGACAGCAAUAAUCAUCUUGGCCUAGAGAAUAUUCCGAUGAGGAGCUAUGGAUUUUGGGAUGGGAAAAGAAUACAGACAGGGUUCCCUUCUUUGCCUGAUUCUGCUAUUUUGCUGGCUAAAUAUCCUGCUGCAUUUGGUAAUUAUUCAACAUCCUCAUCAAAAAUGGAGCAGCAGCCAGUACACAACGUUGUAAAGACUAGUGAAAGCACUUUGAAUGGUGCAACAGUUUUCUCGAGAGGAGAAAUAAGUAGCAGCAAUGGAGUGGCUGAUUAUCAGGUGUACAGGAGUCGAGAUGGUACCAGAGUGCAGCCUUUUACACUAGAUUCAAAACAGCAACAGGACUUAUUAUUGUGUGAGAUGCAGAGACGAAAUAGGUUUGAGGCAGUUUCCAGUGUACAACCACAAACAAAGGGGAUGGUCGGGAUCAAUGUCGUGGGGAGAGGAGGGAUUCUUGUGGGGGCCUCGUGCACUGGAGUUUCAGAUCCUGUGGCAGCCAUUAAAAUGCACUAUGCUAAAUCUGAACAAUACAGUGCACAUGCUGGGAGCAUAAUCAGGGAGGAAGAUUCAUGGAGAGGUAAGGGGGACAUAGGCAGGUAGUAGAAGUGAAGGGCCUUUUGUAGAAGGCCCUUGGCGGCAAAUGACUCUCUUUUGCCGCAUUGUAUAAUAGUUUUUGUAACUUCAAUUCAGCAGGAAUAGGGCAAUGGACGGACGGUUCUCAAAUCCAGUCUUUUUGGUUACAGGAUUCUAGAUGGAUGUAAUAUUUUCAGCUGCUGCUUUGUAUUUGUUGUAUUUGAUGGAAAUACAGAAUAAUCUGUUGUGUAGUUUGGUAGGAGGCAGAAUUCUUAUGAUCACAUUCGUUUCGGGAUUGUCCUUGUAUAUUGUAUCCAUCCAUUUUUAUUCAUGCUCGUAAAGCUUUUUGAAAGGAGAAGUUGUUUAGAUGCACGGUUGAAGUCCGAAAGUGCUCAAAUUGUCACCAGAAAGGUUGAGAUUCUAAGAAUUGCCAUUUCUUCUCCUUCUCAAUUUAACUUUAAA